UAUCUCCAUUCUUGACAACCCUGCGACUUUAACACAUAAAAUUAAACCCAGCAAAAGUUCCUCGCCUCACCUACACCCAGCACCACCGAAGAACUCAAGAAACAGCUCCGAUUAGAUAUGUCAAUGGUAUCUACAUAUUGCCCUCACUUCAGUGGGCUUCGCCGAUCAUCUCCCAACUUACACAAUGCACCAUGUCAAUCUUUCCUUCAACACUUCAGCUCUCAAGCCCGUCUCCCUUCUUCUCCCAAACCUUGCAGAGCUGUUAUUGCCAUGUCCGGCUCUGGGAAGUUCUUUGUUGGGGGUAACUGGAAAUGUAAUGGAACAAAAGACUCCACCACGAAGCUUGUUUCUGACCUGAACAGCGCAAAGUUGGAGAGUGAUGUUGAUGUUGUUGUGGCACCUCCCUUUGUCUAUCUUGAUCAGGUGACUUCUUCAUUAACUGAUCGGAUUGAGGUAUCUGCUCAGAACUCUUGGGUUGGAAAAGGUGGGGCUUUCACGGGAGAAAUCAGUGUGGAGCAACUGAAAGAUAUUGGCUGCAAAUGGGUCAUUCUUGGGCAUUCUGAACGCAGACAUGUUAUUGGUGAAGAUGAUCAGUUUAUAGGAAAGAAAGCUGCUUAUGCUCUAAAUGAGGGUCUUGGAGUGAUAGCUUGUAUCGGUGAACUAUUAGAAGAAAGAGAAGCAGGGAAAACUUUUGAUGUAUGCUUCCAGCAACUGAAGGCUUUUGCUGAUGUUGUACCCGGUUGGGACAAUAUAGUUAUUGCUUAUGAGCCAGUAUGGGCCAUUGGGACUGGUAAGGUUGCUACACCCCAGCAAGCUCAGGAGGUACAUGUAGCUGUCCGUGAUUGGCUUAAAAAGAAUGUUUCUGAGGAAGUGGCAUCUAAAACGCGUAUCAUAUAUGGAGGGUCCGUGAAUGGAAGCAACUGUGGUGAGCUUGCAAAAGAAGAAGAUAUUGAUGGAUUUCUUGUUGGUGGUGCUUCUUUGAAGGGGCCUGAGUUUGCUACAAUUGUCAACUCUGUAACAACCAAAAAGGUUGUUGCUUAAAUAUAUGUAAGGUGGAUUCUGGUAAAUGAAUAAAAGGACGAAGAGAAGCUGUUUCAGGUUGAAGCUUCAUGGUGAUGUAUGAGUUCCAGUGUUAUCCAGUGGGGUUUUGAUUGCUUAUUGAGUUCCUUUUCCCCAAAAUAACAGGAAAAAGUAUGUUGGUUCUCAUGUGCUAUAGUUCAAUUUCUUUAAACUGCUGUGGGAAAUAUAUAUAGCUAAUUCACUGAUAA